AUGCUCAAGAAGCCUACGGAAAGCAAACUUGAGGGAUGGGACCGAAUUGAGGCCAAGAUAAAGCGUGUUGAUAAGGAUGUCAAAGCCUAUGGGUCGCUACCACCUGUCAAGCUAUCCUAUGACGCUCUCUGGGAGCAGGAGGACCGGUGCAUCGAGUUCCCCUUCCUAAAAGACCUGUCCACGGCUUCCGUAGAGUCGACGUUCUCUGUUGCGAAGGAGCAGUUGGGUGAUAGGCGAAUCAAUAUGAAAGCGCGAACUAUGGCCGAUAAAUUACUAAUUAAGAGCACCGCCUUCCUCGAGGAUUCUCCGGAGGUGCCCGCUGAUCAAUUGCCUUGCAGGAAGAAUGGGACUUUGAUCCGUGAGGUUCUCGGUUCGGACCUUCCCCUGAUUAAGUUUUUUUUCAACUCUCAUGGGGCCAGGCCCAUGGCCCCAGUAGGGCCAGGCCCAUGGCCCCAGUGGGGCCAGGCCCAUGGCCCCG